AGUGUCAAAAAUUCAAAUAGGAAAUUUUGAAUCUGUCAAUUGAACUCAAUGUUAUCUGCGCAUUAUCAACAAUAACAAAAAUAAUUAUCAAUAUUUUAUAAACGGACUGACCUCCGUCGCUAUCAAAUUAAUCUCCAAGCAUCCGUGGUGCACUGCGUCAUCUAUCACGCUUCUAUCAACGAAGCGGACUUAACCCUUGUACUAGAGAUAUGCAUUAUCAUUACUACACAUUUAUCUACCCACGAUUAAACACAGAUCAGUUUCCUUGACUUAAAUAAAUUAAAAAAAAAAAUGUUCGAAAAAAGUGUGUUGCGUUUUUUAAAUCCUUUUACGGUGGCGCGGGAAUAUUUUCGAAAGCCCGUCGAAGCGUUUUUAGUGAACCAAUAUUUGGGAUAUAAGAAAAAGACUGAUGAAAGUAUAACAAGUGUUAAAGAGUUGAUGUACAGGGUCGCUAUAGUGACGUUAUUUAUAACUGUUAUACUGUGGUUAUCAAUUUUUAUGUAUGUCGGCUUCUACAAUAUUUAUAUGCCCAAUGUUACUCAUGUGCGGCCUGUGCAUUUUCAGUUCAAACCAUGUGAAGAUAAAGCGGGAAUAUGUUCGUAUCCGUAUGCCUACGUACAGCUGACGAAGGCCAGCAACAUCCUGAUGCAGAAGCAGCCGUACAGGAUCAAACUCGUGCUAGAGAUGCCAGAGUCUGAAGUCAACAAGGACUUAGGUAUGUUCAUGGUUUGCGUUCAAAUGCGCGCCAAGGGUGGAUACUUGGUCUCCUCAUCAUGCCGGUCAGCAAUGAUCAGAUAUAGAUCACUCCUGCAUCGCAUAAUGAGGACGUUUGUGUUCUCGCCGCUGUACCUCGGCGGCGUGGACGAGGAGAAACAACAGCUCAAGGUGGAACUCUUCAGCGACUUCGAAGAUGAUCCGGAGAAGCCGGCGACGGACGCGUACGUGGAGCUGCAGUCUCGGUUCGCGCAGGUGUACUCGAGCGAGCUGCACGUGCAGGCGCACUUCACGGGCCUGCGGUACCUCAUGUUCAACUGGCCCAAGAUAUCUGCUGUGUUCGGUAUCUGCACCAAUCUGUUCUUCGUGUCGCUUAUAUUUAUACUGAGCUGGUACCAUCUGCAAGACGGAUUGCCCGAUUUUAUCAAAAGUAAAUUCCGUUCGGAGAUAAAGACUGAGCAAGAGGACAAGGAAUUAUUCGGGAAAGUGAAGCUGGAGCGGGAAGAUUCAUCGUCGUUAUUCGACGAGGACGCACUUCUAAAGGAAUUCCAACAAAUAGAAUCGAAGGAGGAAACCAAAAAGACUUAAAUGUGAUGUAAUAUAUGUAUAAUGUUUGUUGUUGUUUUCAUUAUUAUUUACUUUUUAGCUAAUUAUGAUGUGUGUGGGAUCAAAAACUGACGUCAGAAUCUUGCAAAUAAAUGAUCCUUAGGAUCAGAAUUGUGAAAUACUAGUUUUAGACUUAGAGCGUUGUAUAGUAUGAGAAUUGAAUGGACUCAUUUUUUGGAGUGCCAGCUUUUUUGGACUUAGGAAUUUAAGGGUUGUUCUUCGGGAAUGGGGAUGGGGAAGAUUGGGAAGGGGGGAAUUGGGCCUCCGGUAACCUCACUCACACAACGGAACCGUUGUUUCACGUCGGUUUUCUGUGAGGCCGUGGUAUCAAUUCCUUAAGGCUGGUGUUCCAUUGCUAACACGAAAACUAAAACAAUUAAAAUUAUAAAAACAAAAAAUAAAUUGUAGCGUUUUCCGAUACCGUUUCGUUUACACACUGUAUAUGUCUCUUAAAACGUAUAAAUUCUAAGAAACUAUGCUUAAUCAAAUACUGUGAUUUGAAAAGUGCCAUUUUUAUGUUUUUAAAAGACACAAAAAUUAUUUUAACAUAACUACUUAAAUCUAUAAUUUUACUUGCUUAACAAUGUACAAAAGAGCAUUUCUUUAUAUCUAUAACUGUACAAAAUUAUUUUAAACACAUUCAAGAAGUUUUGGCUGUUCACAGCUAAAAGUGCUAUAAGCAUUUAAGGUCGCAUUUUAUUUGUAUUUAUUUAAAUAUUACAAAUGAUAACUUAAAUAAAACCAGUGAAUUAUCGUCAGUUUUUGAUCCCAUACACGUAGGUUUCAAUGAUUGUAGUGUUUAUGUGGAACAUAAAAUAUUUUGUCAUCGAGCAUUUAUAUAAUAAAAGUAAAACGGUAACUCUAGAUACAUAUUUUUGCUCAUACAUUGUGUAAUGCUCAAAGGAAGAUAACAACUUACAACUCUUUUUGUAAAUUGAACAUUUCUGUGUUGCAAAUUGAAAUUAAUUAAUUUUAUCGUAAGAUUGUGUUUUUUUGACCGUAAGAGGUAAUUUUGACCCAAAUUAUACCAAUAGGAAUCCACAACAAAGCGUAUAUAUUAGUUUUUCAUUGGUCUAAAAGUUUGGGUCAAAGUUACCCCCUAGGGUCAGAGAAACCCAUUCUUACAGUACUUAUAAUAUGAAAUUAUUUACUUACGUACCUAAGUACAUGAUUAUUUUCGUUAUUUAGUGUUUAUGUAAAGAAUAUAAAUAACUAAUAUAAUGUAAAAACUAUUCUGAAAUACGUUUACCAAAAUAAAAUAGCUAUAUAAUCUCUAUUUUUCACAAAUUUUAACACUAAAAACUAAAUCUAUUCUAAAAACUCAAAGAAAGUAAUAGCACAAUGCCUGUACGUUUACCUGGUAUAAAGCACGCUUAUUACAUUAAAAUAGGAUUCAAUAUACACACUGCAAUUAUUCCUCUGCCCUCCUUUUAGAAAUAAAAGCGUGAUGUUCUUAUUACCUAUGUUAUAUUUACCAAUGUACCCCGGAUAAGCCAGGUAGAUAUCCAGUAAAAUGGCUAAUGUUAUUUUAUGUGUUAAAUAGUAAUAAAACAUAGUUUAAGGCUCACCUGGGGUACAUUUGCACCUCCUUAUAAAAAAAGCUUGAUACUAAAGGACCUAUUUUGCUAUUAUUGAUUAAGUUUCAGUAAACAUCAACGGCCCGUAAUAGUCCACCCCCUUUUUUGAUUGAGGGGAUGAAAUCAUCCAAUGGAGAGGUAAGAGGGAGUGUCAGACUAAUACUGACUAAAAACCACAUACAUUACCGAGUUUUAGCAAAAUUAACGAACAGUAGUUGUUAUUUAUAACAUAAGUAUAUGUAGUCCAUCAAAUAAUCGGGUCUUACACACCCAUGGGAAGAAUGGGGAUGGUCACAAAUCUACUUACUGGAACUUUAAUCAAAAGUAGUGAAGUAGGGGCCUAAAUAUUUUACUAUGUGACUGAAAACCUAAUACUAUGUAUAAAUUAUAUGUUAGUGCCUUCCACGUAUCUAUGUAAAAACUAAAAAGCAUGACUUUUCAAGCUUUCGGUGUUAAAUAAAUAGUAAAAUAAUAUAUACAUACUUAUAUAAAAAACAGAAUUAUAUUAUGUGAUAGAUGAUGUCAUCAAAUGUGUAAUCUACUUAAUUAAAAAAUAUAUAUAUAUAAUUCAUUAUAUCACUUCCUAUUACAUAGGAUUCAUAACAUAAUUGGUGAAAAGUGGGUGUCAUAAGUAUACAUAUGUAAGCUCUGCCUAUCCCUUUGUGGGUUAGGCUUUUCCACCAGAGAUGUGCUAUGUAACUAUGCUACGAAGAUGAUAGCUAAGCUGUGAAAGCUAUGUGACCGUUUCCAUUGAUACUUAGCUAUGUAACUGUGUGAGGAAAAUGUGCAGCUCGAGUAUGCAAUGUAUCGAUAGUAGGGAAGCCAUCCAUAGCAUGCAUCUUUCCAUAUAAAAAACAUAACUUAGCCGAGUCUGUUUCCACCAGUGCUAAGUUAUGUGUACCAAUGAAUAUGAUUGGUGGAAGCCAAACGCAUCCACAGCAACGUAGCAUAGCACAUAUCUGAAAAAGCUCCUUUUGUCUUUCGGUAUAUGAGACACAAUAGAAAACACAUUGUGUCUCGCGUAGAUCUGCGUUCCACUAUUAUUAGAACUUAUGACGGGAUAUUUAUUAUGUUUAUUCACUCAGUUAAUCCGUGUUCAUGGCGCUUGCAACAGUGCCGAAAUAUCGGAAACUCACCAAAGUGAAUAAACAUGGUAAAUAUCCCGUCAUAAGUUCUAAUAAUAGUGUUAGUGACCAUGUCAGUUUAAAAACUUAGAUCUGCGUUCCGGCAAAAAAUUAAAGGGUUAAAAGGCCUGACGCUAUUGUUAUAUCAUUCAUUCAUUCACUCUUUGAUGAUGUAAUUAUCGUUCAAUGAAUGACUUUGCACUAUAUUUUGUUAAUAAUAUUUUGCAGGAGUUGAUUUGUACAACCUUCUGUCUAAUACUCGCAAUAGCGACUACUAGCCAUGAGGUCACAGGUUCAUUUCUUGGUAAAAGUAACUUUCGCAUUUAUAUCAAUCAGUUGAAAUUAUCAUAAAUGGCGAAAUGUUGACACUAUCAUAAUAUAGUGUAAAGAAAAAGAAUAAUGCUGAGUUGUAAAUAUUUAAAUUAGUUUUUUAUAUGAAAAUAUAUGUGCGUUUAUUUUGUUUCAAAAUAAAAUUAUAUCGAAUGGUAUUAUGUAUGAUUAUAAAAUGCAUGAUAUUUAUGAAGAUAAUGUGAUAUAAUAUUUUUUACUUUGGAAUUAGAGAAAUAAAUAUUGAUGUUGUCUAUA